UUCGCGCACCCGAAUUAAUGUGACUCAUGCAUAAGUAUGGUAACCGUAGUACAUAGUAUCGGCGUCGAACAUUUUUUCCGUCUACAUCUUCUUCGAUGGGGAUUACAGGUUUUGCAGCUGAUGCUCUACGGUCUCUAAGCACUGCUCAGCGAUCCUUUAUCGAAUCCCUUCCCAAAGCUGAGCUACACGCGCAUCUGAAUGGAUCGAUACCGAUUGAGACAUUGCAAGAGCUUGCUAAGGAGUAUACCAUCGAUAGCGAUGAUGGUAUGUCCAGCACGCUCCCUCCCGACAUCCAAACUGGCCUAGCGCGUUUGCAGUCUGGUCCCACUCUGUACGACAUCAAUUCUUUCUUUCCGCUCUUCCCUGCCAUAUACUUCCUCACAUCUACACCACGCACCCUUGCACGUGCCACGCAUGCUGUCCUAGAUUCCUUCCUUGGUCCGACACCAUCACCUUCUGAAUCGACGGGGCAACUUCCUCCGUCGUCGCCCCAAUGCACUUACCUCGAACUGCGAACAACUCCACGUGCAACUACAGCUCUCACGUUCGCCUCGUAUCUCGAUGUAGUUCUCGCAGAGAUCGAACUCUAUCCCCCCGAAAAAGCUGCGCUUAUUGUUAGCAUUGAUCGGAGGAUGACGGUUGAUGUCGUAAAGGAGAUUGUAAAGCUUACGAUCGACUUGAAGGAGCAAGGAAGGAGAGUGGUAGGGGUUGACUUGUGCGGAGAUCCGUUGGCAGGCAAUAUGCACGAAUUUGCGCCUCACUUCAAGCGUGCAAAGGAAGCUGGCUUGGGUAUCACCCUUCACAUAGCAGAGACCGUGACGAAUCCUGCCUCCGAGACGCUCCACUUCCUCUCAUGGUCCCCCGAUCGACUCGGGCACGCCACCUUCCUCAACGAAGAUGCCAAAGCCAUAGUCAUGCGCGACAAUAUAUGCGUCGAGAUAUGUCUCACGUCUAAUCUGUUGUGUAAGACCGUGUCGACACUCGAAGAGCACCAUAUUCGACAUUACCUUCGGAAUAACCAUACCAUUGCUAUCUGCACCGACGAUACACUUCCAUUCCGCAAUUCCCUUCCAGGCGAAUACGCGCUUCUUCUCGCUACGCCCCCACUUGGUCUCGGCCUUUCUGAGGCGGAGGUCGAGCGAGUGGCGAAGAUGGGGAUGAGUGCGCGGUUUGGGUGCGGGAGUGGACCUGGACCGUCGGAUGACGCUGUGACGGUGCCAGAUACCUGAUGCGUACCUCACUCAAGAUUUUCCAAUGGAUAGAGAAGGAGCGUGUGUUCGACGGUGACAACGCUCUACGACGAUAUUUUCAUAUAUAUUCAACUCACUUCUGUAUCUGUACAAUCUAUUCAAAUGUACUAUAGGAUAAACUAGCUCACAGCCAUACCUCCCAACUCAUUUCUCCUGUACUCAUUACACCGCAAGGUUUUAUCUGGAAUAAAAUAUUUGCAAUGCUGUUGCAAUAG